AGGGGAAAAAUUCCUCUACUUCUCGCAGUGGAGGCAGGUAACCAGUCUAUGUGCAGAGAACUUUUGAGCGCACAGACGGCGGAACAACUGAAGGCGCAAUCUGCCAAUGGAGACACGGCACUCCACUUGGCUGUUAGACGGAAAGAUAUCGAUAUGGUUAGGAUUCUCGUUGAUUACGGAACCAGUGUUGAUAUUCGCAACGGGGAGGGACAGACACCCCUCCACGUAGCGGCAGCUGAAGGCGACGAGGUCCUGGUAAAAUAUUUUUAUGGUGUGAGAGCUUCUGCCAGCAUCACGGAUAAUCAAGAUCGAACUCCGAUGCAUUUAGCUGCCGAAAAUGGACACGCCAAUAUUAUUGAACUCCUUGCGGAUAAGUUCAAAGCCAGCAUACUUGAAAGAACCAAGGAUGGAUCAACGUUGAUGCACAUAGCGUCUUUGAAUGGUCAUGCAGAUUGUGCAACGAUGCUCUUCAAGAAGGGAGUUUACCUUCAUAUGCCGAAUAAGGAUGGAGCCAGAAGCAUUCAUACUGCCGCAAGGUAUGGUCACGUUGGAAUAAUCAAUACACUGCUGCAAAAAGGUGAAAAAGUUGACGUAACAACAAAUGAUAAUUAUACUGCCCUUCACAUAGCCGUGGAAUCAUGCAAACCAGCUGUUGUUGAAACUCUUCUAGGGUAUGGAGCUGAUGUUCAUGUUAGAGGUGGAAAGUUGAAAGAAACAGCCCUGCACAUAGCUGCAAGAGUUAAAGAUGGCGAGAAAUGUGCGCUGAUGUUACUCAAAUCAGGUGCUGGUCCAAACUUAGCAACGUACGAUGGACAAACGCCUGUUCAUGUAGCUGCAAGGUACGGUAAUUUACAAACACUCCUGCUACUACUAGAAGAUGGUGGGGAUCCUCAAUUCAAGAAUAAGAAAGGUGAAACGCCGCUCCAUCUUGCUAGCAGGGACUGCAGACCAGAUGUUGUGCAACAUUUAAUCAACUACAUAAAAGAUCACAAAGGUGAAAACAAAGCAGCUGCAUAUGUGAACGAAGUCAACGACAACGACGAAACUGCCCUACACUAUGUGUGCGCGGUUCCGAAGGAUGAGGUGGAAAUGCCCAACUCCGAUAGAGAAGUAGUUAAACUUUUGUUAGAAAAUGGGGCAGACGUCAAGUUGCAAACGAAACAACACGAAUCCGCUUUCCAUUAUGUAGCUUUGGCAGGCAACAACGAUGUGCUGAUGGAAAUGAUUUCUCACAUGUCACCAACCGAUUCUCAGAAAGCUCUUAAUAGACAGAACGCUAUCGGCUGGACACCUCUGCUGAUAGCGUCACGAAAAGGUCAUAUUGAUCUGGUUAACAAUCUCCUUGGGAAUCAUGCGAGGGUGGAUGUUUUCGACUUGGAAGGUCGGUCUGCCUUGCACUUGGCAGCUGAACAGGGAUAUCUGCAAGUGUGCGACAGUCUCCUCUCUCACAAAGCCUUUAUCAACUCAAAGUCUAGAAACGGUCGAACUGCAUUACAUUUAGCAGCUAUGAAUGGGUACAUUCACUUAGUCCAAUUCUUGAUUAAAGACCACAAUGCUGUUAUAGACAUUUUAACGCUGAAGAAGCAAACUCCCCUGCACUUAGCUGCAGCUGCUGGACAAAUAGAAGUUUGCAAGCUAUUGCUUGAUCUCGGCGCUGACAUAGACGCUACAGAUGAAGACGGUCAGAAACCUAUUCAUGAUGCCUGCCAAAAUAAUCAUUCCGAAGUUGCCAAAUUAUUCUUACAACAGCACCCUAGUCUUGUAAUGGCUACAACUAAAGAUGGGAAUACCUGCGCCCACAUAGCUGCAGCGAAGGGUAGUGUCACUGUGAUAGAAGAACUGAUGAAAUUUGAUAGACAAGGUGUGAUAUCUUCAAGAAAUAAACUCACAGACGCUACCCCACUGCAGAUUGCUGCAGAAGGAGGACAUGCCGAAGUCGUAAAAGCCUUAGUCAGAGCUGGUGCUAAUAUAACAGAUGAAAAUAGGGCAGGCUUCACCGCAGUACAUCUGGCUGCCCAGUACGGACACAUGCAAGUACUUGAAGUUUUGCGGUCUUCCAAUUCUCUUCGCAUUAUUAGUAAGAAACUUGGAGUGACUCCUCUUCACGUUGCUGCUUAUUUCGGCCAAGCUGAUACGGUGCGAGAACUGUUAACUCACGUCCCUGGAACAGUUAAAUCCGACCCACCAAAUGGAGCGUCGUUAGUGCCUACUUUAGGAAAUGAAUCUGGUAUGACACCGCUCCAUCUAGCUUCCUUCUCUGGGAAUGAAAAUGUUGUGAGGUUAUUGUUGAAUUCUGCUGGUGUACAAGUUGACGCUGCAACCCACGAAAAUGGUUAUAACUCAAUGCACUUGGCCUGCUAUGGAGGACAUAGUACUGUGGUUGGCUUACUGUUGAGCAGAUCCGCGGAGCUUCUCCAGAGUCAUGACAAACAUGGCAAAACAGGGUUGCACAUAGCGGCACAACAUGGGCAUUACCAAAUGGUGGAGGUUUUAUUAGGUCAAGGUGCUGAAAUCAAUGCUCCGGAUAAAAAUGGUUGGACUCCUCUACAUUGUGCCGCAAGGGCAGGUUGUUUCGAAGUGGUAAAAUUGUUAGUUGAGUCUGGUGCAUCACCGAAAUCCGAAACAAAUCUUGGUGCUGCACCGAUAUGGUUUGCUGCGUCUGAAGGACACCAUGCUGUGUUGGAAUAUCUGAUGACGAAAGAGCACGAUACGUAUGCUUUGAUGGAAGAUCGUAGAUUCGUAUACAACCUAAUGGUGUGCUCUAAAAACCACGACAACAAACCACUCAAGGAAUUCAUCCUUGUCUCCCCUGCUCCCGUGGACACAGCUGCAAAAUUAUCAAAUAUACUGAUUGUGUUAUCUAACAAAGAAAAGGAGAGAGCAAAAGAUUUGAUAGCAGCUGGAAAAUUCUGCGAAGGAAUGGCCACCGAAUUGCUAGCUCUGGCUGCUGGGGCAGAUUCUGCUGGCAAAAUCCUCACUGCGACUGAUAGAAGAAAUAUUGAGUUUCUGGAUGUUUUGAUAGAAAAUGAACAGAAGGAAGUAAUCGCGCACACAGUUGUUCAACGAUAUCUCCAGGAACUCUGGAGAGGCGCUCUCAACUGGACAGCGUGGCGGACCCUCUUGCUGUUCGUGUUUUUCAUAAUCUGUCCACCAGUGUGGAUAGCGUUUACUCUUCCAUUAGGCCAUAAAUAUUAUAAAGUACCGAUUAUCAAGUUCAUGUCGUACCUUACAUCCCACGUGUAUCUGAUGCUGUUCCUUUUGGUGGUAGGCAUAACACCACCAUAUCCAGUCGUACGAAAAACUUUAAUUCCUUACUGGUACGAGUGGAUUCUCCUAAUAUGGUUAAGUGGGUUGUUGUUGUUCGAACUUACCAAUCCCAGCGACAAAUCCGGGUUGGGGUGGAUAAAAAUAUCGGUUUUGUUAUUCAGUAUAUUUGGUGUAGGGGUUCAUUUGUUGGGAUUUUUGUUUAUUGAAAAGACUUACUGGCCCACUUUGAUGUAUUGUAGAAAUCAACUAUUUGCUCUCAGUUUUGUACUAGCGUGUGUUCAAAUUUUGGACUUUCUGUCAUUUCAUCAUUUGUUCGGCCCUUGGGCUAUCAUUAUAGGAAAUUUAAUGAAGGAUUUGGCAAGGUUUCUAGCUGUGCUAGCGAUUUUUGUUUUCGGAUUCUCCAUGCAAUUUGUUGCUCUCAAUCAACCUUUCCAUAAUCUAUCCAAAGACGAACUUCUAAGACUCAACAAGCAAGGAGUUUUGGAAAGAGGAUAUUUCGUAGCAGUCCAAAAGAAUCCGAUCAGUGCUUUUGAGCUGCUGUUUUUCGCGGUUUUUGGCCAAACAUCUACUGAACAACUGAAAAGCUACGGCCCAAACGCCAUCAACCGUUCUAAUAAUCAACCCUAUUGGACGGAAGUACUUUUUAAGUUCGUUUUCGGCGUGUACAUGUUGGUGUCUGUCGUUGUGCUGAUUAAUCUACUCAUUGCUAUGAUGACCGAUACUUACCAACGUAUACAGGCCCAGUCAGACAUCGAGUGGAAAUUUGGUCUAAGCAAGCUGAUUCGUUCUAUGCACAGGACUACUACCGCGCCGUCCCCAAUAAAUUUAAUAACGACAUGGUUGUUCUACUUAGUUGACGUUUGUAAGAAACGUGUGAAAACAAGAAAACGUCAGAGUUUGGUACACCUCAUGGGGAGCUUUCAAAAAACUACUCAGUUAAGUCCCCGUUCAAAAGCUGGAGCAAAAUGGCUGUCUAAAGUCAAGAAAGGUCGGCAGAUCGCUCCUAAAGAAUCUGUUGCACUUUCCGUAGCACAUCUGAGUCCACUCGGCUCACAAUUGAGUUUUACAACACAUACUACAAGAAUCGAGCAUGUAACCGAUUGGGAAGCCAUAGCAAAGAAAUACAGAGCACUCAUGGGCGAGGUAGAUGAAACAAAAGAACAGUCAAAUGAAGGAAAUGAUGAGCAGGAUGAAGACGAAGUAGUUCCCAAUUCACUUCAAGUACAAAACUCAUCUUUCGGUUAGGUAAAAGAAUUAACGAAUUCGUUACAAUUAUUUUCUAUACUUACCUGAAGGAAAUAGGAUUUCUACUAAAUAUGACUGUUAUCAAUAAUGAAUAAAAAUGUAAUCUUUU